AGCUCAUUGAGAGUCUACGCAGUUUCUUCCUCUUUAUUACUACUAGGUAUUAGUCACGGUCUGCGAACGAUUGGAGUUGCGUAUGUAACAUUAUGUAAGCUUUACUUACUAUGUACAAGGAUUAUCAUAUGGCCAUGAUCAAGUUGUAUCUCGUGUCGAGUCACUGGCCUGUUUCCGGAUCUUGACACAGCAAAGACAUUUGAUUCAAGCCCUGAUUACCGAACACUUUGUCACUAAGUUGUGUGCAUUCCAAGUCGGACACAGAUGCACUUCUGGAUCCCCGAAGUUGUGCAGCUUAUUUUCGAAUAUGUCUAUGAUCCCGGUCAAACGAAAGAGGACAGCGAGGGUCGCGUCACGGUUGCCAACUUAGCACGAACAUGUCAAGCAUUUAAAGACCCUGCCCUGGAUGUCCUGUGGGCUCAGCUCCACUCUUUGGACGCACUCGUUAUCUGUUCUGGUGGAAGGCGAGUCUUCAGCGAUAGCCAAGCAAUCUGGGAGCGUCCAUUGUACGAUGCGGACUGGCGCAUUCUCGCGAGUUAUGCGAAACGUGUCCACACACUGACAGUCUCACCUCAAUCGGAUACAUGGGAUAUCAGCACCAUGCAUAUUCUAAAUUGUUUUCCUCUUCCAGGAGCGCUCCUUCCGAGCCUCACAGAGUUGAAUUGGCUGUCCGAUCGUGAAGACUUCUUCCCCUUCUUACAUUGUUUCUGUGGUCCCACUUUGAAAACCCUCACGCUCUCACCCGUAGCGUGGGGUGUCCGCAAAUGCAUCGCCGUUGCAUCGCUUGCGCCGUCGUGUCCUUCUCUCUCGAAUCUGAUAUGCCUUGGCGCGGAUGAUUCGUCGAUGCAAGCAAUCAGCGAGGCAGUUAUGGGCUGGAAGAAACUUAAAACAUUGGGGGCUGGUCCUGUGAACGAACAGGCUUUGACGCAUGUCGCCUCCUUGCAGACUCUCCAAUCGUUGCGUUUCUCUGCUUUAUCAGAGCUAACACCCCGCGUAUUGGAAUUUUCCUCUCCCCGUGCCUUCAUAGAGAUCGUAGCUCUCACACCCUCAUCCUUGCAAGCAUUCAUGCAAAACGUCCAUUUCUCGAUUCAAUGUUUGUACCUUCGCUGCUCGCUCUACGAUGACGUUUUCCCCCACGGUUUCUUCACGCACUUGAAAAUAUGCGUAGUACAUCCCGAGAAACUUACACAGUUGUCGUUGAUCGUUGAAACGAUAUCAAGCGAGGAUAUUGGCCACGAAUCGAUCGUCCUCACCUCCUUCAUGUUGCAUCCGCUCCUAUCAUUCAAGGGGCUCAAUCACUUGGAUCUUGGGCAUUUAUGCACAGCGCAUAUGGAUGAUACCUUUCUUAGCAAGUUGGCUCUGGCUUGUCCAGGCCUAAAGGAACUCUACUUGGGUAACCGGGGGGCCUGGCUCAUUGCUCCGUCGCUGACCUUUGAAGGAAUCAUAUCUCUCUUGAAGCGCUGCCACCAGUUGUCCUCUCUCGGGGUUUUCUUCAACGCUACUCUCGAAAGUGACGCCGUACACGCGGCCCCGGUCGACGCUAUCAGUCCAAAAAUCAAAAACUUUCUUGUCGGAGUAUCCCCCAUCGAUGACGCCGUAAAGGUCACAGCUUUCCUGUCCUUUCUAUUUCCCAGUGCCACUGGCGUCAGACAUUGCAUUCCUGAUAAAGCGCCUGAGGAACUUCACGGAAGGCUGAAAAAGUGGGGGUCAGUAAGUAAGAUGUUUAGGAUAUUUGUCUCAGCUCGGAAGCAGAGUUGGGAGCGAGGCUGGGCGGAGGGAAAGGCUGCGGUUGAGAAGAUCCCAAUGGCGUAAAUAUUGAUUAUGUGUACUGAACAAUCGUUCUCCCUACCUCGUAGAAAUGCUACACGUCACAUCGGGAUAUCCAGAGCGAAAGCUGUAAAUGUGCAUGAUAUCAUUCCCCGCGAGUAGAUACUAGAGCGAUACCAGAGUAUUCGGCUUUCCACGCUUCAUUAAUCCCAUCGAAUAAUCAUUAAAACGUCU